AUGAAGCCCCCGAGCCGCUUCGUCACCGUCGCCGGAGCCGCGCUGCUCGUGUCCACGACGCUGCUGGUCGCCACCCUCCUCAGAUCGCCGCUGCCGCUGCUGCCAUUGCUCCCGUGCCUGCCCGCCGUCACAGCGCCCUCGGGCGCCGGGUACGAGCCUGCGGGCCUGGCCGCGCUCGCCGACGCCUUAGUCUACUACGCCACGACGGAGACGGUGCCGCAGCAGUCGCGCGCGGAGAUCGCGCUGUCGCUGGCCGUGCUCCGCCGCCGCGCGCCGAUGCGGCUGCUGGUGUUCGGCCUGGGCCACGACUCGCCGCUCUGGCACGCGCUCAACCCCGGCGGCGUCACCGUGUUCCUGGAGGAGGACCCGGAGUGGUACAAGGUGGUCCGCACGCGGUCGCCGCAGCUGCGCGCGCACCUCGUCAAGUACCGCACCCGGCUCGACCGCGCCGACCUCCUCCUCGACACCUACAGGGGGUUCCCCUCCUGCGUCCCCGGCGCCGAGGCCGGCGAGCCGGCCGUCCGCGGCAACGCGGCGUGCCCGCUGGCGCUGCACGACCUGCCGGCGGAGGUGUACGAGAACGAGUGGGACAUGCUCAUGCUGGACGCCCCCAAGGGGUACUUCGCGUCCGCGCCGGGCAGAAUGGCGGCGGUGUGGACGGCGGCGGCCAUGGCGCGGGCGAGGAAAGGCGAGGGGGACACCGACGUGUUCCUGCACGACGUGGACCGCAAGGUGGAGAAGGCGUACGCCGAGGAGUUCCUCUGCGACGGGUUCCGAGUGGGAUCGGCGGGGCGGCUCUGGCAUUACAGCAUCCCGCCGGUGGCGCGGCGGGAGAACUCGACGGCGACGGCCGGCGGCGAGGAGAAGCCGUUUUGCUGA